AAUUGAAUCUCCAAUACCAAAGCUAUAUUAUAUAUGUAUAUGCAAAAACAGAAUUAAAUAGAAAUGAAGAGGAAGGGAGUGACAAUGGCCGUCUCCUUCAUCAAGCAUUUUCUUAGUCUAUGGCUUCUCUUCUCUUUCAACAACUGCUAUGCCUUUGAAGGAAGGAAAUUCGCAGAGAGCCAACAUACCCAUACUACUAUUCACCUCACCUCUCUCCUCCCUGCUGCUUCUUGCAAACCUUCCACUCAAGUUCCAUCAAUCGAGAACAAGGCAUUCUUGAAGGUGGUCCACAAGCACGGGCCAUGCUCCGAUCUAAGACAAGGUCACAAAGCAGAAGCUCAAUAUAUCCUCUUACAAGACCAGUCUAGAGUGGAUUCAAUUCACUCAAAAUUGUCCAAGGACUCUGGUCUUAGCGACGUCAAGGCGACGGCUGCGACUACCCUUCCGGCGAAGGACGGCAGCAUCAUUGGCUCUGGGAAUUAUUUUGUCACUGUAGGACUUGGCACCCCAAAAAAGGACUUCUCUCUCAUCUUUGAUACUGGAAGCGACCUCACUUGGACCCAAUGCGAGCCCUGUGUCAAGUCUUGCUAUAACCAAAAGGAAGCGAUCUUUAAUCCCUCCCAAUCGACGUCCUAUGCCAACAUCUCUUGUGGCUCCACCCUCUGCGAUUCACUCGCUUCUGCAACAGGUAACAUAUUCAAUUGUGCUUCCUCAACGUGCGUCUAUGGUAUCCAAUAUGGCGACUCAUCAUUCUCCAUUGGCUUCUUCGGUAAAGAAAAGCUCUCUCUGACAGCAACAGAUGUUUUCAACGAUUUUUACUUCGGCUGUGGGCAAAAUAACAAAGGUUUAUUCGGCGGGGCAGCAGGGUUACUCGGUCUUGGAAGAGACAAACUCUCACUAGUCUCACAAACUGCCCAAAGAUAUAACAAAAUCUUCUCUUAUUGUCUUCCAUCCUCUUCCAGCUCAACCGGGUUCCUCACAUUCGGCGGCUCCACUUCCAAAUCAGCUUCAUUCACUCCCCUAGCAACAAUAUCAGGGGGCUCCUCGUUUUACGGGCUUGACUUAACUGGAAUAAGUGUUGGAGGCCGUAAACUGGCAAUUUCCCCGUCAGUGUUUUCAACUGCGGGUACAAUAAUCGACUCGGGUACUGUCAUUACACGGUUGCCCCCUGCAGCAUACUCCGCAUUAAGUUCAACGUUCAGGAAAUUGAUGUCCCAGUACCCAGCAGCACCUGCACUGUCAAUACUUGACACCUGCUUUGAUUUUAGCAACCACGAUACCAUCAGUGUGCCUAAGAUUGGGUUGUUCUUCAGCGGUGGAGUCGUCGUAGAUAUUGAUAAGACGGGUAUCUUUUAUGUGAAUGACCUGACGCAAGUGUGCUUGGCUUUCGCCGGGAAUAGUGACGCGAGCGAUGUUGCCAUAUUCGGGAAUGUGCAGCAAAAGACGCUAGAAGUUGUGUAUGAUGGUGCUGCUGGGAGGGUUGGAUUCGCACCAGCAGGGUGUAGCUGAUUCGGGCAUACGUAAUAAGGUAGCAUCCGAAGGUAUUGGCAUGGACGAAAGGGACCGUGUCAAUGCAUUGUGAUUAUGAUUAAUGAAUAAUUGGGGUUUCAUUUGUGAAAUAGAAAUGGAAUUACAAGUCAUAGCAGUAAUUGUGUAUACUAGCAGUAACUUUUCCUUAAUAUAUACCUCUGAAUGUUGGGCAAGUUUUUCCUUAA